AUGGCCAACUACAGUGGACGGCGGGGCCCCAACGUCUCGCAGUACCUGCGAGAACUGAACGCCAUGCCCUCUGACACGCCCGUCGAGGAGCGUUUCCCGGUCGGCGACGACGAGCUCGCCCUCUUCACAAACACCCAAUUCUUCGAUUUCGAGUCGGGCCAGACCACCGACUUCCAGCCGCCGCCAGGCAAGCCCGACUCGGACACGCAGUCUACGCGGCCGGAGGAGCCCAGCUCGGCUGCGUCUGCCAUCGGCGAGUUCUCAAGCUUGGACUUCAUCUCAGGGCUGCGUCUUGAGAUUGCGUUGCGUUGCAUUGUGGGCGGGCCGGCGAGUGGUGGCGACUUCAACUUUGGAGACUUUGGUAACUCCUACGCGUCGCCGACGCUAGGAAACUUUUCAGAGAACCUGGGGAACCUUCAGCCGAUCCAGCCCAACCCCCAGGCAGUGUACCCGGCCGUCCCUAACCACCAGGGCAGCUAUGGGGGGCCAUCCGGCCCCCAUGUAGGCGAGCUGAAGCGCAAGGCAAGUGAGACGACUUUGAACCCGAACCGACCCAUGAGCAUGGAGGAGGCCACCAGGUUAGCCGCCGAAGAGGACAAGCGAAGGCGGAACACCGCCGCCAGCGCCCGGUUCCGAGUGAAGAAGAAGCAGCGCGAGCAGGCCCUGGAGAAGAACAACAAGGAGAUGUCCGACAAGGUCACCUCCCUCGAAGGCCGCAUCCAGCAACUGGAGACUGAGAACAAGUGGCUCAAGAACCUGAUCAUGGAGAAGAAUGGCGAUAAGGAGGACAUCACAAGUAUGUGGAAAGACUUCUCGGCCAAGAAGGAGCUCGAGGCCAACCAAGGUGACGAAGAAAAGACAGACGAAAAAGCAGCGAGGGCGACUGACAGCGAGACGGUCAAGGCAGAGAAUUAA